AUGCAACUUACAAUUUUACAACUGCUGUACCGUCAGUUGGGAAAAAGUACGAGAUACGAUAAUAGAGCCGCCCCACGCCGAAUAAAGUAAAUUCAGACCCCGUCGUGGACGUGUAAAGUGAAAGAAAUAAAAUUAAAUUUCCUCCUCUUUCUGCUUUACAUUUCUCUUUUCUUUUCUCUCUCUCUCUCUUUCUCUGUCUCUCUGUCUAUCUCUCUCUAUGAAAGAUCAAUAAUAUGCUAAAUCCCUGCUUAAUAUCCCGUAUGUUAUUAGGUAAUCAAAAUUCGACACCUGCGAAAGAUAUACGUUUACGACAAACUGGCAGCUCUUGUCUGAGAAAUUCGUCUUCGUCAGGAUCUUCUCAGGAUGUCCGAGAUUCGAUUUCAAGUCCACGGAGACCAGUCAGUUACACGCAUUCCUCGCAACUUCCUCAAAGGUAAUACAAUUUUAUACUUUUUAACCGUUUAAGUGCUACGCGGUUUUGCAAAAAUCUGGUCGAAAAAUGCCAAAUGAUGCAAUCACGUUUCUUUCGUUUCAUGUUUAAAAAUGCCAAGCGGUGCAAUGACGGCAAAGUUUUCAAUUUAGUAGAGUCUCGCUAAGCGGUAACAAUAAAGUUACUACACAUCGACAAAAUCCAAUCGUGCAGUUCGAAUCUAUGCCCAUGAAUUGGCACUUUUAGGUAGUGAAUAGAAAUGCGAUCGUGCCGUCUGAUACUCAAACGGUUACAUGAAGUGUUCAGAAUAGAUCAAAUUUCUUUUUCUACGAUUCGAUUAAUAAUUCGAAUAAUAAUUCUUCCAUGUUGCGUGUACUUAGGAGAGAGUCACAUUGUGCUUUAUUAUAUCUUGUGUUUUUAUUAUAUCUUGAACUAAAGUCGGCAACUCAAAAUUUCAAAGGGAAAAAAAAUUUUCAAAAUUUGUGAUUUAAAUGGAAUUUUAUAAAUAGAGGAGAAUUACUUUUGUCAAAUUUAUUAGAAAAAAGUUUUUAAUUCGCAAAAGUAAAAAAGUUGUAAUUUAUAAAAACGAGAAAUUAUUAUGUACUGUCGGUUUAUUAUUAUAAUAGUAAAUUUUUAGAUCUAAAUGUGUUACAAUGAUAAUAGAAAGAUAUUUAAGGAUAAUUAUUACAGUAGAAAAUUUUUAUUCCAAUGUUAUUUUUACGAGCAUCAUAAAUGACACAAUCACUUAACUUAAUUUUCUUCAUUUGUGUAUUCGAUGUAUAUAUAACUAAUUUCGUUUCUUUUUUUGAAAUUUCAGAUAUAUUUUUAUGGAGAAAAAUAA